AUUCCAAAAAUGUUACCUAAACACGAGCACGUCAAAUAAUAUCUAAAUAUUUAACCGGUGUACUAAUCGAUGAGAUUAGCUUGAUUAAAUUGCAUUCGGCAUAGAUUAGCGGCGCCGUGGGAGAGGUCUUUCCACUGCAUAACCAGCAGAAGCAUACCUAAAUAAAGCCCGGUAAUACCACAUUGUCCUUGCAAAAAUGAUGCGAAACUUCGGGAUGUUAUCAAUUAGAAGGAGCAGCUGGCUGGCCCACUCGUGCUCCACAGAGCGGGUGUUGUCUUCCGCCAUGCGACUGUCAUUGCCCCCAACAGCUACCUGCCACGAUAGAUUACUUAACGGAGCGCGAAUCGACAACAUUCAACCUAGUCGGUGUCUCCACGAGAGCGCCAGCACACAACCGGAGCCCAGCAGCGAUAAAGAAACCGGGAGGAAACCAGAAGAUCUGGACCGUGCCUACGAGGUGCUUAGAACAACGCUGCCCAAGCUGUUCGUGGAGCCGCUGGACUAUUCCAUCUACAGUCCAGGCCUCGUGUUUCAGAACAACAUUACUGGCAAACACACCGUAGGUCUUUACCACUACGUCAAACAAAUUGCCAUACUGCGAACGGUUGGCCAUUUAAAGUACGCCUACGUCAAGUUUGAAGUCCUGAAGAUCACAAAACAUCCCGAAGACUAUACGGUACGCGUCCGAUGGCGGGUGAGAGGUAUAUCUGGCCUGAAAGUCAUGUUUCAAUUCUGGAAGUUCAAGCUGUGGCAGUUGAAGGAGAUACUUAAGGACCAGGAAGCCUGGUAUGAUGGAUAUUCGGUACUCUACCUGGGUGAUGAUGGGCUCAUUAUCAAGCACGUUGUUGAUAAGGUAAUGCCGGAUGAAAGCCGGGAGUCUAUUGAGAACCCUUCUUCGACGUCGCUACCAACCGGAUCCCUGGCGGCGACAACUUCCCAGAAGAUAAACUGACAUUGAAAUUGUAGCUAGCUUUAAAUGUUACUUAUUUAUUGUAUUACUAAACGUAAUAAACAGCAACUGUGAAAUUGUUUAGUAACCGCACAACAAAAUUCUGUUUAAAAA